AUGUUCUCCUCCGCGUUGAAGUCCUUCACGUCGAACAUAUCCUCCAACUAUACCCUCAGCCCACACCCCAACUCGACCUCAGGACCAUGGAAAAUAUACGAUGCAAAGAAGAAGUCUACCGGGAAGGCGGCGUCGGUCUUCGUCUUCGAAAAGAAGUCACUCGAACCGUCUAGUGGAGGUAUGAGCGGAGGGCGCAUGAAUGCUGCAUCGUUGAAACGGGCACACGAGGAGGUCCUCGAGCGAUUGAAGAAGGAGGCUAGCUCGCUAGCACGGCUACGACAUCCAAGUAUACUCGAAUUGGCGGAGCCGGUGGAGGAGACUCGCCAUGGGGGCCUCAUGUUCGCCACAGAACCGGUCACCGCAUCCCUCGCUGGAUUAUUGCAAGAGAAGGAUGACCAAGAAAAGGCUGGUGGUGUAGGCGGCCGAAGGAGUCGAUAUGUUGUCGAAGAGGCUGAUGGCGGAAGGCGGCGCAGAGAGCUCGAGAUUGAUGAGCUUGAAAUACAAAAGGGCUUGAUUCAGAUUGGCAAGGGGUUGGAAUUUCUUCACGAGAGUGCUGGACUUGUCCAUGGUAAUCUUACUCCGGAAGCCAUUUUUAUCAAUGCUAAAUCUGACUGGAAGAUAUCUGGUCUUGGUUUUUCAAGCCCUCCAGAGAACUCGACAAAGCCAACGUCUGUGGCUCCAAUAUCCUUAUCAGAAGUACUCAACUACGACGCGCGUGUGCCGCGGUUUGUUCAACUUAAUCUCGACUAUGCUUCCCCGGACUUCGUUAUGGACAACAACGUGACGCCGUCCGCCGACAUGUUCUCCCUAGGGAUGCUGAUCAUAGCUCUCUACAACUCACCACACCGAAGUCCAUUGGAGGCCAAUGGUAGUGUAUCAUCGUACAAGCGACUGUUCUCCUCAUCCUCAUCCGUUCCGAGUCAAACGAAUAACUUCUUAUCCUCUCAACCCUUACCACGAGACGUGGUUUCUGGCCUCCUCCCUCGCCUCAUCACGAGAAGACCAGCCCAGAGACUAGACGCCCGAGAAUUCCAACAAGCGCAAUACUUCGAUAAUAUCCUAGUAUCCACUAUUCGGUUCCUAGACUCAUUGCCAGCCAAAACGCCCAACGAGAAAUCGCAGUUCAUGAGAGGACUUCCACGGAUAUUACCUCAGUUUCCAAAGUCCGUGCUCGAGAAGAAAGUCCUUCCGGCGCUCCUCGAGGAAACUAAGGAUCGAGAACUGUUAGCUCUGGUCCUUCAGAAUGUGUUUAAGAUAAUUGUCGCGAUGCCAUCCGGCACAGGCAAACGUUCUUUUACCGACAAGGUUAUCCCACGAUUACGAGACACCUUUCUAGCUACCAGUGGCGCCAAGGGUGCAGCUCCGGAAAGAGACAGCUUGAAAGAGGCGGGACUGAUGGUGUUGUUGGAGAAUAUGUCUACUGUUGCUGAGAAUUCAUCUGGUAAAGAAUUUAAAGAUGAUAUCCUACCUAUUAUACAACACGCUCUGGAAUCGCCGACCCAUUCAUUAGUCGACGCAUCCUUGAGGACGCUUCCUAUGAUACUACCCAUCCUGGACUUUUCGACGAUAAAGAAUGAGCUGUUCCCGGUCAUUGCUAACGUCUUCAGUAAGACAAGUAGCAUGGGUAUCAAGAUACGGGGUCUGGAAGCCUUCGUGACCCUAUGUGGUGGUAGUUCCGACCCUACGGCGUCGCAAGGUGACGGCCUCGAUGGAAAGAUGCCAGAACAACCAAAAGCAAAACACGGCAGUGCAGUCCUGGAUAAGUAUAGUAUCCAGGAGAAGGUGGUGCCGCUUCUGAAAGCUAUAAAGACGAAGGAACCUGCUGUUAUGAUGGCCGCACUCAACGUCUUCAAGGAGGUCGGCAAAAUCGCUGACUCCGAAUACCUGGCAAUGGAAGUCCUUCCCAUCCUAUGGCAAUUUAGCCUCGGCCCUCUCCUCAACCUCCAGCAAUUCCAAUCCUACAUGACGCUCAUCAAAUCUCUCUCCGCGCGCAUCGAGCAAGAGCAAACCCGCAAGCUCCAAGAACUCUCCUCCAACGGCGCCCCACCGACCGGCUCAAACGACUUCAUGAGCUUCGGCGCCGUCGGCGGCACAAACGGCACUGCCGCCGCCAACGGCGAAGAAACCGACUUCGAAGCCCUCGUCCGCGGCGGGCCCGGCGGCUCCUCCUCCACCGCAGACAUGCUGCACGAUCCCUGGGCCAGCUCCGCCGCGUCCUCCUCCUCCACCACCCUCCCCUCUCGCCCUGCACACCCCCGGUCGAGCUCCGCGCGCCAGGCCUCUCCAGCCGCCGCCUUCUCAUGGUCCUCGCCACCCCCCUCCUCUCCCGCCCCUCCACGCGCGGGACCCCUCUCGCCCCCCGCGCAAUCUGCUUCGAGAACCAUGACGCCCGACCACGCCCUCAGCGCCUUCGCGCCCCUGACCCCCUCGACCACGACGACGGGCAUGAACGCGACGUCCGCGUCGUCGUUCGCGCAGCCGCUGCAGCCGACGCGGCCGGGGGCGGGCUUGAGCAUGCAUAGCUUGGGCAGUAUGAACAGUAUGAACGUGCUCACGCCGUCUGCGGUGUCGACCCCGUCGUACACAGCGCCGGUGCAGAAUCAGACUUCGAGUGUUAAUUGGGGCGCUGCAACGAGCUCGAAUGCGUGGCAGAGCACGGCUCAGUCGCGGAGUCAGGCACAGCCGGCGUUUGCGAUUCCGCCACCGCCACAGCAGCAGGGGCAGAGUGCGUUUUCGGGGUUUAGUAUUGCGCCGCCGCCGGCGUCGGGGGUCAGGGUGGGGACGGCGGGGGGGAUGGGGAUGGGAAGAGGGAUGGGGAUGGGGAUGGGAAUGGGAAUGGCGCAGCAAGCGCAACAGCAAUCGCAGCAGGGCCAGAAGCAGGAGAUUGACAAGUAUGAGAGUUUGCUGUAG